AUGGCAAAAGAGAAGAGCCCAUCGCCCGCCUCGAGUCCCGACAGGCCCCCCUCCGCCGGCGUCUCGACAGCCCAGACCACCGCCUCGGUCGAAACAGGCUCGGUCGACUUCUCUGAUUUGCCCGGCCUCCCCCGUCUACGCUACCGCAUCCUCGACUACAAGCUCAAGUUGUUCAUCGUCGUGGCGCUGCUAGUGCUCGAGUCUAGCCUGCUGCCCAUCUCGCUCUACUACGGCCUCGUGCUAGCAACCACACUACGGCAAGGCAUCGUCUUCGCCAUCAUCACGUCCUUCUUUGGCAUCGUUACGGGCAUCGAGUUCGGCCUGCGCAGUUGGAAGCUCAUCUUCAAGGGCGACACGUACCGCCCCGUCGGCGGCACUAAGUUUUCGGCCGACUUCACCCACUGGUCCCUGUCGUUUGGCUACACCGUCAUGACGAUCAUUCUGAUCAUCUUCUCGGUGCCCCACGACCCGCUCGUGCGGCCGCUCGCUAUUCCCGUCUCGGUGUUUUUUAUUCAGGCCGGCCUGCAGCUAACCUGGGCCGGGUGCAUGAAUGCGGCGAAGCGGCCUGCGCCGUUCAAGAUCAGCUCGGUCCCCAAGGGAGGGCGGGUGCCGCCGUUGGUGCUCACCCUGGUCGAGGAUAUCGUUGCUGUGGACGGGGGUGCCGGCAGGGAGUACCGCAACACUGUGAUGGCUCGGUACGAGGCGAGUCCGCGCUUCAGAAAGAUGAUUGCGCAGCAGAAUUGGUUCUGGGCGAUUGGUGCGUUGAUUGAUGGCAUUGGGACGAUGGUGGUGGUCUGGACUGUUCCCGAAAGGGUGGCAUACGGUGUUGGUUGGGGAAGUCCCCUUGUAUUCACGAUCAUCUGGACCACCAUUUCUGUCUCAUGGGUACGGCGGUCCCUGCGGCGGGAAAAGGAGCUGUGGAGGGCGGAGCAUUCGACCGAGAAACAGAGGGACUCGGACACGCAACAGACGAGGUAA